AUGUCGAGCCCCCUGGAGCAGGCCCUGGGGGUGCUGGUCUCCACCUUCCACAAGUACUCGGGCACCGAGGGCGACAAGUUCAAGCUGAGCAAGGGCGAGAUGAAGGAGCUUCUGCGUAAGGAGCUGCCCAGCUUUGUGGGGGAGCAGGUGGAUGAGGAGGGCCUGAAGAGGCUCAUGGGCGACCUGGACGAGAACAGUGACCAGGAGGUGGACUUCCAGGAGUACGCCGUCUUCCUGGCCCUCGUCACCGUCAUGUGCAACGACUUCUUCCAGGACUACCAGGGCCGGCCCUGA